CGCCAUUACCUUCGGAAGAAAUUUUAGCAAGUCACAGUGUAGGUCGUUCGGCCACCAUAGGACCAGCAAGAUGUUUUUCCCUUUGUAAAACGGAAAAGAAAUGUGUUGGCUUCAACGUCAGAUCUAACAUCGACAAUGAAAACUGUCAACUAACCAACUUCACUAAAAGUAUAAACGAAAAAUCAUCAAAGAAAGGAGAAUGGACGUUGUUUCGCGAGCUAGAAAUUGCUGAUGCAGGAGACGAAAAGGAAGUAAGAAUAAGCAGAGCAUUUGAGACAUCUUCAGGUAUUCUGUAUCUCUUAAUUCAUGCAUGUUCAUGCAUAUGGUUAAAGUAAGAAGAUGAUUUUUAUUGCGACAAAAUUAAAGUUAAGCUGCCCUUGUUCCAUUGAUUCAGUUCCAAGCCUGAUCAGAGAUGUGAAGAGUCUCAUUGAAGAGCGCCAAACACAAGCCAGCACAGGACCAGUGAUGACAAAAGUUCUUGAAAGUUUUAUUGAAAAGCGCCAAACACAAACCAGCACAGGAACAAUGAUGACAAAAGUUCUUGAAAGUUUUAUUGAAAAGCGCCAAACACAAACCAGCACAGGACCAGUGAUGACAAAAGUUCUUGAAAGUUUUAUUGAAAAGCGCCCAGCAAAGUCCAGUUCAGCCCUGGCCACAAGAGCUGUUGGAAGCUCCAUUGGAAUGGGUACAAAAAAGUCGCCACCAGCCCCAACUUUGAGAAAUCUGGAAAGUAACAUUAAAAAGAACCAAAUAACGAGCAGCACAAAACCAAGAUUGACAAGAGCCGCGAAACGUUCCUCUGAUAGAAGCAUAACAAACACCAUUACAGGACUAGGACUCGCGAGUGUUGCAGAAAAUCCCAUUAGAAUGAGCCCAAUACGGACCAGUACCGAGCCAAGUCUUACGAUAGGGGAUGGAAACUCCAUUAAAGAUAGCCUAUACACAAAACCCAGCUCAAUCCUAAGUAUGGGAACUGUUGGCGAAGGCUCGACAAAGGCCAAUACAGCUCUAGCUACAGGGACUGUGGGAAACCCCAGUGAAAAGAAUCUAGCAAAGAGCAGUACAGCCCUAAAUAUGAGAAAUGUGGAAGGUACCUUUGAAAAGAUCCCAGGGUUCCACACAGCCCCAGAUCUGGCACAGACUAUAGAAAGCUCCAUUGAGAAUAGCCUAUCAACAAAGCCUAGGUCAGACCAAAGUAUUAGAACUGUGGAAAGAACAAUCAAAAAGAGGCCAACAGCAACCAGUACAGCCCUAGUUACGAAAAAUGUGGAAAUCUCUGAUGAAAAGAGUCUGAUAAAGACCAGUACAACACUAGAUCUUACGGAGACUGUAAAAAAUUCAAUUGAAGAUGCCCCAACGACGACCAGUUUUGAACAGAGGAUGACGAAAACUAUACUAGGCUCCAGUGAAAGUAGCAUUACAACAAAGUCAGGAAAAGCCUUAGGUAUAAGAACAGUGAAAGGUGCUAUUGAUGCGAGGCUAACAAGCUCAACUUGGGGUCUAGGUUCGAGCGAAGCAGCGGAAAGUUUCAUUACAAAGACACCUACAAAUUCCAGAUGGACAACUGCCAAUAUAAAUGAAUGGCAAUCUCAAAAAUCCCGGGUUCAGUUGGAAAUUACCACGACAUAUACCAAUGCAAUUGCAAUGCCUUCACGUGUUGAAUUGGAAAUGUUAAGUGACGGAAAAACCUCAUUAAUUCAACCAACACCACCCGUAAUGACAGUGAUCUCUUCUGCCAGUGAAAACCUAAACACAACCUCACAUCCACUGAAGACAGGUACAGCGGAUCCUACAAGGGCUGGAAAAAGUUAUUUUGCAAUGAGUCCAACAAAAAAUCUUGCACCACUGGCCAGUGUCAAUUAUUCGUCCUUUGAAGAUUUCAGCAGUCACCUUGGUGAAGAAGAAACGACAUCAGCUCCACUAGACGUAACUGUGACAACUCCAAUGACAACGAUGGUCAAAGAUGAAGAACCCGUUAAAGGAAAGUCAUCAUCCAUUCAGCCGACACCAACCGCGAUUUCAUCUCAACCCGAAAAUCAUAAAAAGAGCAGAGAAGAAAAACCCUCCGGAGCCUUAAUUUUUAUCAUUGCUUGUUAUCUCAUUUGCAUAAUUAUGAUCGAGAAUCAACGUUUACUGUAGAUUGCAGCACAUCAGGGCAGUGAACUAAAAUUACAUUGGAGUGCUAGCUCUGCGAGAAAUUUCAAGCCAAGAUGGUGGAAUAUGAAGCCUAUCUUGUAGGUAUGGUAUGAUCCAGGCUUCCACGUGGAAACUUCGUAUGUAAAAUGGCGGCAAUUAUGAUUUUACCGGGAAAUUUGAAAUUCCCGCGCCAAAGGCCUGGAUCAUAUCUAAAAGAAUGGGCUUUAUUGUCCGCCAUCUUGACUUCACUCAUUAAUGAGGGGAAGUCAGAGAGUUAGCGUUCCAG